AGAUCCUGGCGGGCGGCGUCUACAUCGAGAAGAACGCGCAGCUCUGCCACGUGGACACCGUGGAGUGGCGGGACAUCAUGCGGGACCCCCGCCUGGAGCCCGUCGUGGGCGACAACGGCAAGAACUGUGAGUGCCCCCCACCCCCAGCCCACCCCACGGGGCCCCGGCGNUGCUGGGGUCCCGGCCCCGAGGACUGCCAGAAACUGACCAAGACCAUCUGCGCCCCCCAGUGCAAUGGGCGCUGCUUCGGGCGGGCGCCCAACGAGUGCUGCCACGAGGAGUGCGCGGGGGGCUGCACCGGCCCCCGCCAGACCCACUGCUUCGCCUGUCGCCACUUCAACGACAGCGGCGCCUGCGUCCCGCUCUGCCCCCAGCCGCUCGUCUACAACAAGCUCACGUUCCAGCUGGAGCCCAACCCCGACACCAAGUACCAGUACGGGGGCAUCUGCGUCCGGAGCUGCCCGCGUGAGCCUGGUGAUCCCUGGCGCAACAUCUCGGCGCUGGACCCCGAGAAGCUCAACGUCUUCCGGACCGUGCGGGAGAUCACGGGCGCCGACCUCGACAUCCGCAACAACAAGCCCCGCAGCAAGUGCCAGCAAGAGGGCCGGGUGUGCGACCCGCUGUGCUCCGCCGACGGCUGCUGGGGCCCCGGCCCCGAGCAGUGCCUGUCCUGCCGCCACUACCGCCGGCGCGGGCUCUGCGUCGCUGCCUGUCACUUCCUGCAUGGGGAGCCGCGGGAGUUCGCGCAGGGGAGCGAGUGCUUCGAGUGCCACCCCGAGUGCGAGCGCAUGGAGGGCAGUGUCACCUGCAACGGCUCGGGCGCCGACGCAUGCACGCGCUGCGCGCACUUCCGCGACGGCCCGAAAGCCCCCACGGUCAUCGCCGUCAUGGUGGUCGGCGGCCUCUUCCUCUCCUGCUCCUGCUUCCUCCUCAUCGUGCUCUACUGGCGCGGCAAGAAGAUCCAGAAGAAGCGGGCGAUGCGGCGCUACCUGGAGCGGGGCGAGAGCCUGGAGCCGCUGGACCCCAGUGAGAAGGCCAACAAGGUGCUCGCCCGCAUCUUCAAGGAGACGGAGCUGAAGCGCCUGAAGGUUCUGGGCUCCGGCGUCUUCGGCACCGUGCACAAAGGUGUCUGGAUCCCCGAGGGCGACUCCAUCAAGAUCCCAGUGAGCAUCAAGGUGAUCCAGGACUGGAGCGGGCAGCAGUCCUUCCACGCCGUCACCGACCUCCUGCUGGCCAUCGGCAGCCUGGACCACGCGUACAUCGUGCGCCUGCUGGGCAUCUGCCCCGGCGCGCAGCUGCAGCUGGUGACGCAGCUGCUGCCGCUGGGCUACCUGCUCGAAUACGUGGCAAGAACCGCCACAGGCCGCAAGAACCGCCACAGCCUCAGCCCCCAGCUGCUGCUCAACUGGUGCGUGCAGGUGGCCAAGGGCAUGUACUACCUGGAGGAGCACCGCAUGGUGCACCGCAACCUGGCCGCCCGCAACGUGCUGCUCAAGUCGCCCAGCCAGGCACAGGUGGCCGACUUCGGCGUCGCCGACCUGCUCUACCCCGAUGACAAGAAGUAUUUCUACAACGAGGUCAAGACGCCCAUCAAGUGGAUGGCACUGGAGAGCAUCCACUUCGGCAAGUACACGCACCAGAGCGACGUCUGGAGCUACGGGGUCACGCUCUGGGAGAUGAUGACGUUCGGCGCGGAGCCCUAUGCUGGCAUCCGCCUGGCCGAGGUGCCCGACCUGCUGGAGAAGGGCGAGCGGCUCUCGCAGCCCCAGAUCUGCACCAUCGACGUCUACAUGGUCAUGGUGAAGUGCUGGAUGAUCGACGAGAACGUGCGUCCCACCUUCAAGGAGCUGGCGAACGAGUUCACCCGCAUGGCGCGCGACCCCCCGCGCUACCUGGUCAUCAAGGAGAGUGGGUCGGCGCCGCCCGCUGAGCCCGCCACGCUCAGCGACAAGGAGCUGGACGAGGUGGAGACGCUGGAGCUGGAGGAGGACGAGGAGCUGGACGCCUCCUUCGGCCUCGCCAGCCUCUACCCUGCCCACCCACGGGGCAGCACUGCCCGGGAAGGGGAUCCCCUGGACCCCCCCGAGAGGAAGGAGACCCCCAAGAGCCCCCCCCCCCGAAGGGAAGGGGGCCCCACGGACCCCUGA